AUGCCUCCGUGGUCAAGCAGACUGCUUUCGCCCAGCACACGAACAGAGACGGGAUCCAAUUCAGUCAAUGACCCACCAGCAUCUCCUGCGCGACUACGUCCCAGAAUAUCUGAAGCCGAUAUACUUAAUAAUGCAUAUGGGAUUCCCAGUCUACCUCCUGCCUCUCACUCGAACCAUGCUGCUUCGAACACCACGAAGCCUACACGAACUUCGAGCCAUGGACGCUCAAUGAGCCACCCGUUUCCCUCAUUGUUUUCUGCGAAAAAGAAGCGUCAUGGGGAAUCUGCGACGGCAUCUGGGUUCGAGUCCACAGACGACGACUCUGUUUCCCCCAUCGCAGCUCGAAACAUCGCGCAAAACCCAACACCAAAGCAAAAGGUACCCGACAAGGACUUGACGACUGGCAAAUGCAUGACAUGCGACUCCAUGGUACGGUGGCCGAAGGAGUUGAAGGUGUUCAGGUGUACUGUUUGCUUGACAAUCAAUGAUCUGAAGCCAAUUGCGCUGGAGGCAAGACGAGGGGACGGACAUCGGGCUCCUGUCACUGCCAAAGCUGGUACAUAUCCUGGAUCAAGUCAUGCUCAGAAAGUCAAUCCAUUAUCUCUUAGAAGAACCAGACAGAUUGUCGACCAGUGCGUUACAGCCUAUCUUUUAGAACGCCUGCAGCAUGAUGGAGGAUCUACUUCAAGUCCAGUCCCGUCUUCCCCCGAACCACCAAUGAGGCAAACCGCACCUUUGAGUAAAGAUAGACAGAAGUAUGAGCAAAGCAAUAUGGAGGAAGGCGGUCUCGGGUUUCAAGCCACUGGCACCGCUGUUCAUGUCCCUCCUCGACCUAUCAUUCAAAGGAACGGAUUCCCGGGAGAGUCAAAUCUUUGCGAACGCGCAUCAUGUCCGGCCCCAGUCAAUGCUCUUCAGUACUCAAAGUCUUCCCCAGGAAGCUUUCUCGAUGUCCACAUGGAACACAGGAACAGGGAACUUCAUUCGGGGACUCGAGCUGCAGGCAAUCUAGGCGAAAGAGACAAAGCGGGCCAGGCGCAGCAGAUUCGACCUGAUGCUGCGAGGAAUAUCUUUAAGCCUUUAGAAGACUACAUCAUUGCCUCUUUCGGUUCUUUUGAAUGUAUCAACAGCUCUUUUACCACAGUCCGGCCAAGCAUGGCACCAAGGACUCAAAGUGAAGGCAUCAGGCGAAACAUGACAGCUCCUUUGUCUGACCGAACUGCUCGGAAGGAUACAGAAUUGUCUGAGCUUGACGCAAAAACACUUCUAAUUGGCGACUUUGCUGAAAAUGGCUCCUGGUGGACAGGUAAUCGAUCCGAUUUGCGAAGCCCCGAGAGGUCACGUACACAUCGCGUUGGAGAUUCCUCAAACGAUACCACAGAUAUUGUAACCGUGAGAUCUCCUCGAGUUGAAUGGUCUGAUGUAAAUGAAUGGUAUCAUUUGGUUCUCAGCGCAGGGAGAACGUGGCGGAAGAAGUUGGAUGAGCUAUCAGCCACAGAGACUAUAGUACCACAGCUCCAAUCUCUAUCGGAAUCAUUAAUGGAGGAUAUCGAGGAUCGAAUAAUGGAGGCACAAUUCCAUGCCCAACGGGUCCUGCUGAAAGCUAUCGAAAGUCUGCUCAAACGACCCGGACGACCUUUGAAAGAGCCAAGCGAUCUUCGAUUUCUUCUCAUCAUUCUCGCAAACCCGCUAUUAUAUCCUACGCAUAACGUAGUGAGGCUGAGAAACAGAAGCCGCUCGAAGUCACGAGAACGGGAACGAGAAAUUCCUAGUAGACAAGCUGCUACAGGUGCACGUAGAGGUGCGCCAGCUACAACACCUGCGAAGGCUGAAGGGAGCAGAGGUAGCUCGGGACAGCAUUCGGGCAUCAUCAAACGGAUUCUGGGACUUUUGUCAAAUGUGCCAAACGAAUGUCAUCACCACCUUGUCUCGUGGUUCGCAAGAUAUUCAGAUGGCCAGUUUCAGAGAAUAGCGGAUUUGAUUGGUAGCUUUGUCACAUACCGGCUCACGAGGCAGCAUGGUAAGAAACGGGAAAUUGACCAAGAUCCAACGGCAGAUCUUGUACCGAGUAUUGGAAUUGGUGGAUCGGGACGUGCUACUUCGGCAGCCCUCCAUGCAGCUUUGGGAACUCCGGGUCAGUCAAGCAAAAAGCACGAUGGCAAACCGAAACCUGUAAUCUACAACGAUGAUUGGCAAAUCAAAGCUGCAGCAAGAGUGAUGGCAUUAGUAUUUUCAGCAAAUAAUAGCGGCCUGGCAAGGCGUGGGGAAGCAAACCCCGCAUUAGCCACUUUGAUAGGAGCUCAUAGUGCUGGCCUGGCCGCUCGAGAUAGGGCACAUAAUCAUGGACAAAUCCUGCCAACGAGCGAUUUUUACAAUACUCUCCUCGACUACUCGGAUCUGAUCGCGGAUUUCGAGGCGUGGGAGUCUAAGCGAGGCAAAUUUGCCUUUUGCCAAUAUCCCUUUUUCCUCAGCAUAUGGGCUAAGAUUCAGAUCAUGGAACACGAUGCUAGGCGACAAAUGGAAGUGAAGGCCAGAGAGGCAUUCUUCGACAGCAUUAUGACUCGGAAGACCGUAAAUCAGUACCUGGUCUUGAAGAUUAGAAGAGACUGUCUAGUAGAAGAUAGUUUGAAAGGGGUAGGCGAAGUUGUGGGUACAGGCGGAGAGGAAAUCAAGAAAGGUCUACGUAUUGAGUUCAAAGGAGAAGAAGGUAUUGACGCCGGUGGUCUACGGAAAGAAUGGUUCUUGCUCCUAGUUAGGGAUGUUUUUAAUCCUGAGCAUGGAAUGUUCUCUUAUGAUGAUGACUCUGGAUUCUGCUACUUCAAUCCGAACAGUUUUGAGACAACAGAUCAGUUCUUCCUUGUAGGUGUUGUCCUUGGGUUGGCAAUCUACAACUCUACUAUACUCGACGUUGCACUUCCACCUUUUGCUUUUCGAAAGUUACUCGCUGCUGCUCCUGCAGCUGCGCCCGGCGCAACAUCUCAUGCAAAGCCCUCUAUGACAUACUCACUUGAAGACUUGGCCGAGUACCGACCAACACUGGCUCGCGGUCUUCGGCAACUCCUUGAAUUUGAUGGCGAUGUCGAAGCGACCUUUUGCCGGGACUUUGUUGCAGAUGUUGACCGAUAUGGCCAGCUAACUCAAGUACCCCUCUGCCCAGAUGGAGGUAAGAGACCAGUAACGAAUGCCAACCGAAGAGAUUUCGUCGACUUGUAUGUUCGAUAUCUUCUUGACACUGCUGUUGCUCGUCAAUUUGAACCGUUCAAAAGAGGCUUUUUUACAGUUUGUGGAGGGAACGCUCUGUCGCUAUUCAGACCUGAAGAAAUUGAGCUUCUCAUCAGAGGCUCUGAUGAACCCCUCGAUAUUACUUCCCUUCGAGCAGUAUCGGUCUGUGAGAAUUGGAAGGUACCGAAUGCUGCAGAGGCCGAGCCAGUGGUGCAAUGGUUUUGGCAGUCCUUCGAGGCUGCCAACCCAAAAGAUCAACGAAAAUUACUGAGCUUCAUCACGGGAAGUGAUCGUAUUCCUGCCAUGGGUGCGACCAACCUGGUGAUUAAGCUAUCAUGCCUUGGGGACGAUGGUCCAAGAUUCCCUGUUGCACGGACGUGCUUCAACAUGUUGUCACUAUGGCGUUAUUCUUCUAAGGAAAAGCUGGACCAUAUGCUUUGGCGUGCGGUGAAUGAGAGCGAGGGGUUUGGAUUAAAAUGA